AUGGCCAGGAACGGCUCCGAGAUGCUGAUCGGCGCCCCCGGCAUCUACAACUGGAAGGGUUCAGUGGUCCGCGUGUCGGGAGUCAUCGACGCCGACUUCGGCCCCGAUCAGCAGCGGCGCCGGCGUCGGCGCCGGCAGCUCGACCCCUCACUCGAGCUCAGCGAGUUCCACGUGCCCAACCCCUACCAUAUCAACACCGUCAACGAGAACGACUACUUCGGGUACUCGGUGAGCUCUGGUGAGUUUCUCGGGGACGGGCAGACGUAUUACGUCGCUGGAGCGCCACGCGCCCGCCUACGGCAAAGGAAAGGUCUUCGUCUUCGACUUCCCGCUGAACGACCUGGAGGGCAUCAGCAUCGUGCUGGAGCGGACGGGCGACCAGGUGGGAGAAUACUUCGGCGGCGCCGUGCUCGGCCUGGACGUGUCCGGCGACGGGCGGCCGGAGCUGCUGGUGGGCGCGAGGGCCGCGUCUGCGUGUACCCGAACCUGGGCCGCGGCCGGGUCGGCGAGCAGCCGCUCGUGCUGACCGGAGACCGGGCCAGCCGCGGCCGGUUCGGCUCGGCGCUGGCCAGCGUCGGUGACCUCGACCUGGACGGCUACAACGACCUCGCGAUCGGCGCGCCGUAUGAGGAGGAUCAGCGUGGCGCCAUCUACAUCUACCUGGGCGGCGCCAGCGGACUCAGCCCCACCUACAGCCAGAAGAUCGUGGCCUCAGAGCUGAGCGGCGCGCUCCGAGGCUUUGGCGUCAGCAUCUCUCACGGACUGGACGUGGAUGACAACAGAUACUCAGACGUGGCGGUCGGCUCGUACCUGAGCGGCGAGGCGGUGCUGCUGCGCGCGCAGCCGGUGUUGCGCUUCCACGCUGACCUCCGGCCCAGCACCGACAAGCUGCAGCCCACCGACAAACAGUUCCAGGUCCGCGCCUGUCUCAAGUACUUCGGCCGCUACCUGCCCGACCGCAUCACCGCCCAGGUUCAGAUGAAGAUCGAGUCGCUGCACGUAGUGUGCGCCUUCGACCUGUCGGGCGGGUCACGCGAUAACUUCACCUACACACGCUCGUUGACCUACGACGGCUACAGCUGCGACGACUUCACCGUACUGAUAAAGUCGGAGAUCCACGACUACACCCAGCCGAUCCAGCUGAGCAUGAGCUACAACCUGUCGUCGGACGACAGCGCCGUGGCCGGCCACACCCACCCGACGCAACCCGUUUUCAUCACCACAGACGUGUCGAAGCGGGCCGAGCGGCGCGGCCGCCGACAGCUCUCGCCGUUCCUGGACGGGGACCUGACCGAGUUCUGCGCCACCUGCCCCGUGGUGAACGCGCGCGCCGCCGGCCAGACCCAGGUGACCGCCAGCGUGCCCUUCUCGAUCGGCUGCGGCGCCGACGCCGUCUGCCAGUCGGACCUGUCCGUCAGCGCAUCGGUGCCCGGCCUGAAGGACGGUCGGUUCGUCAUCGGCGCCACGCCCACCAUCGACCUGGACGUGGACGUGACGAACGUCGGCGAGCCGGCCUCGCUGCCCAGUGUGCAGGUGACGCUGCCGCGGCCCAUCCGGCUGGUGCGCGUGCCGCAGCUCUGCUCGGAGCGCGAGAAGGCUGACCACGUGCUGCUGACGUGCCACGUGCGGCCGCACCCGUUCCCGGCGGGCGCCGACGGCCGGCUGCGGCUGUCGCUGGACGUGGACGAGCUGGCGCCGGGCACUGAGAGCGUCACCGUCGGCCUCAACGCCAGCUCGUCCGGCGAGGAGGUCGCGCCUGACGACAACGUGUUCAACUUCACGCUCGGCCUGCGCACCGAGGCCGACAUCGCCGUCACGGGUCAGCCGAUGGAGGAGCCGCCGCUCUACUACGACAAAAAAGAGGACCGCGACGAGUCGGAGCGCAACGACCCCAACUACGUCAUCAUCAGCCACCGGUACCAGGUGAUCCGCUACCUGCCGUCGCCGGUGGACGCCGUCAACGUCAGCUUCCUGGUGCCGGUGAACGUGACGACAGCGGACGGCUCGCAGCUCCGCUUCCUCGACCUGUACCGGCCCAAGGCGACGCUGGACGGCCGCCAGCUGGCGUGCAGCAUCGAGACCGGCUACUACCUGGCGUCGGACGGCAGCAGCUACGUGGAGGCUCCGCGCACCUGGCGGCGGCGCUACCAGCUGACGGACGAGCAGCGCCACCUGCUGGCCGACACCGAGUACCACUACGAGGGCAACGUCACCACCGUGCUCAACUGCACGCAGCCGUUCGUCUCGUGCGUGCGGCUCGAGUGCCCGACGGUGGCCUUCCCCCGGCGGCAGACGAGCCUGGUGGUGACGCUCUCCAUGCGGGUUAAGAUCCACGAGCUCGAGCCGUACGUGGGCCCGCGCAACAGGUUGGUGAUCUCGACGGUGGGCCUAGCGGACGUGGGCGCCGUGCCAUACCAACUGCAGCCGGCCGACGACAGGCCCGACCUGCACCAGGUGCACACGGUGCUGCUUCCCUCCUCGCUGCAGCCGUUCCCCGUCUGGGUGAUCGUGGUGGCCGUACUCGGCGCCCUUCUGCUGCUCGCCGCCAUCACCUUCGGCCUCUAUAAGGCCGGGUUCUUCAAGCGACGACGACCGGAGGGCGUGUAGCGACGUGCGGCGCGACAGUGGUGCCCUCGCUCUGAAGGGCCGCCUCCUGCCUGAUCUCGCAGCACGCGGCGCCGCCGGCCGCCGCGCCGGGCCCGCGCCCGGACUGUGCCAUGGAGAGGCCGCGGCGCGGCGUGGCGCGCUUUCUAGUCAGGGACUGCAGCGGCGCGGGCCGCGGCCGGCCGACCGCGUGCGCCGGGAGCGACGGAGAGCGCAGAUACAAGCUGUGAACCCGUCCGAGACGCGACGGCCGCCCCAAUCCCGGUCUGCUCGCGGCGGCGUGACGUGACGUGACGUGACGUGACGUGACGUGACGUGACGCCCAUAGAGCCAUGUGAUGAACGGUGCUACCAACACUGGUGCAACGCGGGCCAUCUACUGGGGUGGUUGUCGGUGUGAAAUGUGUCCCAUGCGACUUUGGGAACUGUUAGAUGUAGGCAUUACUAAUUUUAUACGAAUAGUGCCUAUGCGAUAAGUGUUGCCUACGGAUGUUGGUCGUGCAAGGACGAUAAUAACAUGGUGUGGAUAUGCUGACCAGUGAGUGAAUCGCUUGAAGUUGGAAUAUAUGGUUGACUGAAUGUUAA